AUGUUGCACCUGGAGCUGGUCCUGGCGAUUGCAUUUCAGUAUUCAACAAUGCUGUCAAUCAACUCGCAGAAGAGAUUUUGGCUGCAGCAAACAUUGGUACAGCAAAUUAUCGAUGCUAUUUUGGUUCUGGACAUUGAUGAUCCUCCCUGCGCUAUUGCUGCAGGAGCUCUUUUAUUUGUUUUGGCAAGUGAUGUCCAAGACAAUAAUUUGCUGUCUUCAGAAACUUGUGUCCAUUUCCUCCUCAAAUUGUUAAACCCUCCGGUGAAUGUUGUUGAUGCCAAAGCACCAUCAAUAGGUUCCAAACUUCUUGGAAUCGGUAAAUUUCAGAUGCUUAACGGUUCCAAUAAGGAUGUGGACUCUUGUUCAGAGGACAUACUUUCAAAAGUUGAAGAAAACCUCUUAAGCUGCAAAGAGAUCAAACCAGCAGACAGGGAUUAUAAGAGAACAACAAGGCCGGAACUAUGUUCAAAGUGGCUUGCUUUGUUGACAAUGGAAAAGGCGUGCUUGUCUGUUGUUGCAUUAGAGGAUACAUCUGACAUGGUGUUAGAACUCGGAGGAAAUUUCAAAGAAACAUUAAGGCAGUUGGGUGGCCUUGAUGAUAUUUUUAAUGUCAUGGUGAAUUGCCAUUCAGAACUGGAGGUUUGUUCAAAUACUCGUAGCCAUGGUGUUCUUUAGAAUGACAAUGCUGGUAGUCUGAACAUGAAC